UACGACCCCACGAUAGAGGAUUUCUACAGGAAGGAGAUCGAGGUGGACUCCUCUCCGUCCGUCCUGGAGAUCCUGGACACGGCGGGGACCGAGCAGUUCGCCUCCAUGCGAGACCUCUACAUCAAAAACGGUCAGGGUUUCAUCCUGGUCUACAGCCUGGUGAACCAGCAGAGCUUCCAGGACAUCAAACCGAUGCGGGAUCAGAUCAUCCGGGUGAAAAGGUACGAGAGGGUGCCGAUGAUUCUGGUUGGAAACAAAGUGGACCUGGAGGGGGAGAGGGAGGUGUCGUCCGGUGAGGGGAAGGCACUGGCGGACGACUGGAACUGCCCGUUUAUGGAAACUUCAGCCAAAAAUAAAACCUCGGUGGACGAACUGUUUGCAGAGAUAGUCCGACAGAUGAACUAUGCCUCAACACCAAAUGGCGACGACCAGUGCUGCUCGUCUUGUGUCAUUCUUUAAGGAAAAAGGACAACCAUAAAGUUUUAUUCUUUGCUCGGUUUUAAGUUUGCAAUGUGUGUUGCAGCAAGUGUGUACUGUUGAGCUCUUCUUCGUGUCUCACCCUGGCCUUGGAGGAGUAUACAGGGAGGAAUGCUGCAGGGGGACGAGAGGAGGAGGGGAGCAACAGAGACAGAGGGAGGGGUCCACUCUUCAGGAAUUCUGCUGGGUUGGAGUAUCUUUGCUGCACGAUCGGUGUCCACCGUUGAUGUCAACACAGUGUCAGAUCCAGAGAUUCAGCAACACUCUUCCCCCCCACCCUCCUCCCUCCCCACCCCCUUCACCAGUUCCAACUGUGCUCACACCUGGAGCUAAAACCCCAAUCGAAAAGAUAUGGAGGGCAACACUUAGAGACACUCAUAAAUGGAUAUUUCUGUAUAAGAAGACAGAGAGAUAGAGUAUAUUUUGUUAAAUAACUGCACAGCCAGGGGUGGGUAAAGAUGUGGGUGGUAUGUCUGCCUAACCCCAUUUUGGAGCAAUGCUCCACAACACUCCAAAUCCUAUUUUUCUUUCCAAAGUCAAAAGAAAUUGACACCACUUUUCUGCUGGUGGAGUAAAUAUGACGAGUGCCACUUUUUUUUUUUUUCUCCCUUCAUGUCCUCUUCAGUGCGCGAGAGGACCUUAACUGAAGUGACAUGGGGACGUGACCUGAUCACCCUUGUGUCGAGUGCCUUUCCAAAACGAAUCAGCUGUUCAGAUUUAGUGCCAACCUACAUGUAUCACCAAAAGAAAUCUUCGACAUGGCAAUCCACAAUUUAGUGAACUGUUCUUCUGGAUAAUCUUGUAGGGGUGGAGGCUGAAAAAACAAAGACUACAAGAGGCUUUUUGUUAAUGGAAUGGCGGUUUCUGUAUGUUUUACGUUGGCCUUUUGAAGUCUAAGGUGUUCAUUUUUGCAAUGUCUGCUUAGUCUGGCCAAACCUAUAUCUUGAAAUGCACAGGUACUGGAAUCCCCUUAGACGUGAUAACAACACCAAACGCUUACCUUCCAGACCACUUAAAUCAAAUUCUGUUUGUUCUGUUUAUUUUGUUGUUUUUAACAGGAAAUGUGAUGAUGUACCGUUGACAAAUCUAACCUGAUUGUAAGUUUAAUUUCAGAUCAGCCUUUUAACAGUGGGCUGUCUGUUUUAAAAACAAGACUUUUAAUACAAAUGGCAUUUUUUUAAAAAAGAA